AUGAAUAGCGACAUCAGCGUGGAUAGUGCAAUACUGUCUGACAACCCCUUCAGUGACGAAUAUGUCUUGGAUAUCGACACCGUGCUCGAAGACGCACCCAGUGUCACUACAAAGCCUCGCGAAAUAAUCGUCCCGGCCAGAUACACUGGUCCCAUUCCCAUACUUGAGCCACUCCCCCAUCUCACAGUUUGGAGCCCUCAAAGCAGCAUCUCCUCGUCAAGCACUACAUCAUCACCCACGGAGCACUCAUUCGCCGGCCCUAUCCACUGGAACAAUGCAGACCUCAACCUCCUCCUAACCUCCCAACUCGUCUUCUCACCACCCCUCGUCGACCUCCCCACCACCCCAUCACCAAUCCACCUGCGCCUCUACAAGAGAUACCCCGCCCUCGACCCAUCCCCUGAAAUCUUCUCAAAGCACGCACCCAUCGGCACCGGACGCCCACAAUCCCUCCUGCUCAUCGCAGAAGCCGAGGAAUGCCAGACCGCGGAGUAUGCGCGGGUGUGUCUGGCGAAGAAUAUUUUGUCAAACGAUGGGUUUGUCACAUAUAUGCUCGACAAAUACAACGUUUUGACGACGCUUCAUGGCUGCUCGACGGCUACACUGCUCUCUCUGCAACGCGGCAUGAUUGAGAUGCUGGGCGUGUCGGAGCUGGAGUGGAUUGGCCGGUUUGAACAGUUGGGUGGGAAUGUGGAUGGGGCUUGUGCAUUGGAGGCGAGAGUGGAGGUGUUUCUGCUGGGCGUGGGGAUGAGGGAGACGGAGGAGUGGGUGGAGGUGCUUGAGACGGUGAUGGAGAUGGGGGAGAGGGAGAGGAAGGUGUGGAUGGAGGUGUAUGCGGAUGCGGCGGGGUUCUUGGGGAGGUGUGUUGCGGAGAUGUGGGAGUAG